UUAAAUCAAAUCGUAAUAUUCGCAUUAAAGAGAUGCUUCAACAAACUUAUCCAUUGCAGAGAAUCGAAUUUAAUCAUAGAAAAGGAACAAUUUACUCCUGUCUGGAAACAUGGCCGCUUUUAAUGGAGCCAAAAUAUUUAAUUCAGCAUGCUUCUAUACUAUUAGGCAAAAAAGUCAACACCAUAUGGAAUCAAAAUGUGGGAAAAAUAUAUAAGAAACUUCAUGUAUUUAUUGAAGAGUUUACUAUUAAGCAUAAACUGAAAAAGUCAACAAACAGAAAAACGCAACUUCGAGUACUUAAAAAUGUAUUAACUGAAUCUGCAACAGCGGCUAACGAUUUAGCGUCAGAAACUCCAUUGAUUUUGGCGAUUUUUCCGUUAAUUUUACAUUAUUUCCAAGAAAAUCCAGACAUGAUGUUCAGAGUCAUUAAUGAUACAUUGACGGAAGAAAGACUCGAAUCAUUUGCGGAUACUUCAACUCCUCUAUUAAUUAUAGAAGGAGCAUCGCUGUUUGAUGAAAAUACAAGCUGUGCAGUUAUAGUAGAGGGCAAAAUUUGUUGUAAGACAAAGUCUAUUUUACAGGGAUUUGAAUUAACAUUCCUGAUGUAUUACAUCUUCAGCUUAUGUUAUUGCAGAAGUACAUCUAAAUCUCUGGAGUUUAUACAAAGAAUUUUCUUCAGUGUUAAUCCAACGGGGACGACAAAAUCGAAGUCAAAGCGAUCGACCUACGACCCAGCGGUUAAAAAAUUAUAUGAUUCUAUUAACAUAACAUCAUAAAUGCAUAAUCGUUAAUGCAAUUACGUACUUGUAACUUUCAACUGGGAUGAAACAAUAAGUACUGUUAUAAUAUGAAAA